UUUCUUUCCACGUUUUAUGUUGUAGAACGACCACUCUCUCAAAUGACAACCAAAGACGUCAAUUCAUCAGAUAUAAAGCGAUCUGUGACUGAAUACAAAAUAGAAAUGCUUCUCAUCGUAGACUAUUCUAUAUACAACUAUUGGUUCACCCAAAGCAAAGCAGGGUCGACAGUGAGCAAGGACACUGAAGCCAAGUACAACAUAAGACAAUAUUAUGCCUGGGUUAUAAAUGGGAUGGACGUACGGUACAAAAACAUUCAGACAGCGGCUUACAAGAUAGCAAUCGUGUACGGGGGAAUAUACAUUGCUGAUACAACAGCAAAAUCUGCUUUCACUGAAAAUCAUAAAGAUUCCUCCAGUCCAAAACCAAAGGCGGAUGCCGGUACUGUUUUAGAUUCCAUCACAGCCUGGGUACGGGGCACUUCCGGUCUCCCUGGUCAUGAUCAUGCAAUGAUGUUUUCAAGUUACGAUUUUACAAGUGAUGGAUCAAGUGACGUUGCUGGGUUAGCUUGGGUUUCACAGGUUUGCAAAUCCCAAAGUGUAUCUAUUGUUGAGGACCAUUUCGACUUUAUCAUGCUUACUGUCGCUGCGCAUGAACUGGGACACAGCUUGAGCGCAUCACACGACGGAACUGGUAGCAAUAGCUGCAAUAGUAAUGAUGCCUAUAUAAUGUCGGCUUCGUCGUCUGUGGUUACAAGUACAAACCCUUGGAAAUUUUCAUCUUGCUCAACGAAAGAAUUCACCACCUAUAUCAACAGUUUGAACUAUGGUGGAUCUAAUUGCAUGACAACUCUGAGCGGAACCUUUGAUCCUACAGCUUUAAACAAGUUCACAAGUUUGCCGGGACAGAUUUUUGAUGCCGAUGCUCAGUGUAAACAUAUUCGUGGCGCUGGGUCAUCAUUCUGCAAAUUUCCGUAUAAAGGCAAUUACACAACCAUUUGUUCAACGCUGUGGUGCCAAAAAACGGACGGAAGUGGGAAGUGUACAUCUUCUGUGGGUGGCGACGGUCUACAGUGCGGACACAGAAAGUGGUGUAUAUCAGGGUUGUGUACCUAUGAUGUCUGUGCGCCUUCAGGGGACGAAUCUUGUUUAUAUGGCGACAGAACUGACGUUGUAUUCAAUUUUAAUGGCGAAGAUAUCACAUGUCCGAAAGUUGCCACUCAACCUUACCUGUGCUACUAUUCCUCCGUCGAAACAGGUUGCUGUAAAACUUGCCCUCGUUUCUAUACCGGAAGAAAAGGUUGUGAAUACGGUGAUCAGUUACCCGGAUGUGCAUCAGCAUACUGUCCACAAUAUGGGGAGACUCAGUGUUGCGGCUACUGUUACUCAGGAACUACGCCACAAACAUUGAGAAUAACCACAGAGGAGCCAAAUCUAUGUGGAACAACAUCUAUGCAGGCAGUAACAACGUCAGAUAGCAUAGCUAUAUCCAACACUCCACUCAGCUCCCCGGGACCAAAAAGGGACAACAUGUCAACUAUUUAUACAAAACAACCACAUACUACAUCCAAUGGACUCCCUGCAUCAACGACAGCAAUCACAACCACAGUAAAGGAAGAGAAAAAAUUCACGUUUGUUUUGGAGAUCAUCAUUCGAAUUACGGAGAACUUAUCCGAUAGCAUCCAAUAUUCAUCUGUAAAAGGGAGGGCUGAAUUAGCGUUAACGACAAUCUAUAGUCAAAGACUGGGAAGCAAUUUCAAAAGUUGUAGAGUAACAGCACUCAGGAAAGGAAGUUUAAUCGUUGAGUAUGACCUGUUCACAAAAAGCGAUGCAUCGGCAACAUCGAGCAUAAUGUCUGUGAACCAAGCUCUGCUGUCUGGCAGAGAGAACGUGACGUAUGAUGGGAGGAGUGCUACAGUAUCUUCAAUGGCAUUUGUUGAUCUUUCGGGAAGACUCGUGAACUUUACCAGAACCACUACACAGUGUCAAAUUCUGGAGGCGAACAAUCCGUGUAACAAAGGAACACGGUGUGUUGAAGAACAAAACGGACCGGUUUGUCGAUUCCUUGACAAUCAUUGUGGCGGUUGUCGGAAUUUGUGCGGUGUUUUUGGUUUUAUUGAUAAUAGGAUUGUUCUGUGCCUGUAAAGCAAAGACAAACACAGUGAAAUUGAAAGAAGAAAAGGGAGCUGCGUAAUAAAUAGCUGUGUUUCUGAAGUUCAUAAUGGUUUAUUUUCGAUUUUUCAAAAUCUUUAUGUACAUAAUGUAGUGAUAGACAAAACUGAAAUAAACCUAACUCACAAAUUUGUGUGUGUGUGUUUGAUUUUCGUUGAUUCCGUGUCUUGAACAUAAAUAUCUGAUUUCAUAUUGAUAGUUAUGACCAUACAGUCGGAAUUAGUUUCUAUGUGAUAUUACUUAGAGACAAACUUGACGUUUUCUACGUAUGAUUUUCUCUCCCUUUGAUACGAUUCAGCGAAUCGGAUGCUCCACUAAUCUCGAUCACUUACCUAGGAACCAAUAUGUCCGGAUUAACAAGACUCCACUUCAAUAAUUCUUUCUCUUCUUCACAUCCCAACAAAAUGGGUCGAUUCACCAGGAUGUUGUUUUGGGUUUUUUUUAACCAAACUGAGAAAAUUUGAACCCACAAAAAGUAAAAUGUUAUUUUACAGUGUUUUGUCAAUAGACUUGAUUCUAAAUAUGAUAUGGAUUGGACAAUGCUUGAAUAAGAUAUAAAAUAUAUUAUGUCUAUUUGUGAUCAGGGAAAUGUUUGUUUAUAUUAUAUAUAUAUAUAUAUAUAUAUAUAUAUAUAUAUAUGUGUGUGUGUGUGUGUGUGUGUGUGUGUGUGUGUGUGUGUGUGUGUAUUUAGAAAGGAAAACCUGAAAUAUUGUAAUUCAGUGCGUCUUUUCUAUUUUGUUAUAUGUGCUGAUUAAAACAGAUUGAUGUUG